UAAUUUGAUUAUAAAUCUAUUUAUUACAAUGGACGAUGAUGAUGUACCACAAUUAUCAGCAGAAACAUUCAAUAUUUUACAACAGUUUUAUGCAGAGCAGGCUGCUAAGGAAGAUAUUAUAUCUAAACAAAACGAUGAAAAAAUUGAGUUUCAUGAAAAUUGGCAAUUAAGCCAGUUUUGGUAUGACGAUAACACAAUACAGAGUUUAGUUAACAUCAUAAUAAACUCAGUAGAUGAAGGAGCACAUGUCGCUCUAAUAUCAUGUCCUUCAUUAUAUAAACACUUAAAAGAAAAUUGUACACAAAAGAAUAUCAAAGUAAAAUUAUUGGAAUAUGAUAAACGAUUUGCUGUGCAUGAAGACUUUGUGUUCUAUGAUUACAAUGAACCUUUAAAUCUGCCUAAAGAGCUAGAAAAAUAUUUCGACUUGGUAAUAAUGGAUCCACCGUUCUUAGCAGAAGAGUGUUUAACUAAAGCGUCUAAAACUGCAAAACAUUUAUCGAAACACAAAAUUAUCUUAUGCACCGGUGCUACGAUGGAGGAGUUGGCGAAUAAAGAACUUGGGGUUAAAAGAACUGGUUUUGUACCGCAUCAUAAGAAUAAUUUGGGAAAUGAAUUUUGUUGUUACAGUAAUUAUGAGUUGCCUAAUAAAUUUUAA